AGUAGAAGGGCGUACUCGGUUGGUGGUGUACAGCGCAUAUAGACACCUUCAGAUGGGUAUUGAUCAGUCAUAGUCGUGUCUUAUAGAUCACUGCAGAAUAUUGGACGAUAUACCAGCCUGGUUUGUUUUGCUUUGAAACACUUUGCUGACAACAGCCCAUCGCUGUACUUUCAUUUCCUUUAAAUCUUUUCGUGAUGCAUUAGCAACUAAACACUGUUACUUUAACAGUUUUAUUAUUGUCAAUGUUUGACAAUUGACCGAGCAUUUUGUUAUGACUGAUACCAAAGGAUUUCAUUUGAACAUGCACCGUGACAAAUUCCUCGACGAGAUAAGGAAUUUUAACACUUUGGAAACCCCAAAAAGAGCUUGGAAGCGCAUAGGGGAAGGCCAUGAGAAGAAGACCUUAACAUUUCCUCAGCGGGACAGGAUGGACCAUACAACCACUGCAAGAGUGCCGUUGACAGUUGUCAUUGUUGGGGCCGUGUGCAGUGCCUUCGUGUUGUCAGUUAUAAUGUACAUCACGUGGAGGAGGUGCUACCGACAACGCCGGAAGUCGUCAACCUACGAACAAAUUGUCUCGGAACACAAGUCGUCCAACAUACUCGUCGAGAAUGCCACAGUCGUCCCUGCUGCCUCUGUCAGGUAUGCAUGCAACCUAUAGCAUUGUUAUCAGCCUGGUCACACGAUCGAUCAGAUCUAAAUACAUGUAUUAAUGUAUAUUCCAGACCAGUCACUCACUGUACUCCUUUCUACAUUUUAAUCGAGGAGGGGUUCAAGAGGUAAGGAGGAAGAUGGGCAAUUAAAAGACCGUUGAUACGCCCAUUAUCAUUAUAAUCACACAUUUUCUUAUAUCAUUUUUGACGUUCAUGGUUU